AUGGCGCGAAAAUGGCGCAAUAAUGCGGUGACAAUACCCUCGAAGUCUUCUCAAUCAACUAAGAAAGAUCCAAGUGCUCCCGCUACACAAACAAUCAUCAAAUCAUGGGGAAAAAUUGAUCGCUCUCGUGGUGUUCAAGCAAUCUGUAAACGUAUUACUAAUGAUGAGAGCGAUCAAGAUCUUAAUAAACAAAUUGUUAUAGCUCGACAAAAUGGUGAAAUAAAUAUUGUGUAUCCUUCACAACAAGAAUUGAAAUCUGUUUACGAGUUCAGGGAAGACUCGAUGCUCAACGCUGCCGCCCAAGAAAAGGCUUCUACUGAGAAAAAGAGUAUCAUUGAUAAGCGGUCCUCAAAAUUCGUGGGCCUCUUUGCUAAUGAGAGUACUCUGGUGACUUGUACUGAUUUUGGAGUGUUGCGAUAUUAUUCAUUAGCAUCAUCAACGGAAGAAAAGACUUCGUCAAAUACGACGAUAACACUUUCAUCGGAUCUUUGUUGUUUACGUGUGCAUCCCAAACAAAAUCACAUUAUUGCAUUCGGUGGGAAAGAACGCGAUCUCACAGCAUGGGACAUUAAUGAGUAUAAGGCGGGCAAAUCUCCGAUAAAUGAGCGAUCAAAUAGUUAUAACAAGAAGUAUCAAAAGAAAAAAGAAGAGGCGCCUGGAGUGUUAUGGCGCGCUAAAAAUCUUCCGAAUGAUUUUUUGGAUAUGCGAGUUCCUGUUUGGAUUACAGAUUUGCAAUUUAUGGACAAUGAUGAUGUUUCGCGAAUUGUGGUGGGGACUUACUAUCACCAGAUACGUCUUUACGAUAUAAAAACUGCACGACGACCAGUUCUAAAUGUCGAGAUUGGUGAACAUCCUAUAGUUUCGAUUUGUGUUGGACGAAAUCCAUACGAAAUAUUUGCCUCGGAUACGGCUUGUAAUGUUUAUUCAAUGGAUGUACGAGCAGGGUCAUUACUGGGCCAGUUUAAAGGGUUUACCGGAUCCGUACGUGAUUUGGCAAUACACGCAAAAUCCGAAUCAUUAGUAACGGUUGGACUUGACCGUUUUUUACGUGUUCACGAGAUAAAAGGGACCCGUAAUUUAUUACACAAAGUCUAUUUGAAGCAGAGACUUUCGUGUCUGCUGGUUGAUGACAAUGUUGACGAAUAUGACAAAGUUAAUGAUGAGAAACAAGAAAGUGACCAAGAUGAAGAUGUAUGGCAACGAAUGGCAGAAAUCAAGGAGCCAAAAACGAAGAAACGAAAAAUAAGACAAAAUGAUGAUAUUGAUUAA